CUGAGCACUGACCUGCCUCUCCCCGCAGCCAGCAGCCAUGUGGAGACCCGGGCCCACGCCGAGGAGCGGCUCCUGAAGAAACUCUUCUCGGGUUACAACAAGUGGUCCCGACCCGUGGCCAACAUCUCGGACGUGGUCCUUGUCCGCUUCGGCUUGUCCAUUGCUCAGCUCAUUGACGUGGACGAGAAGAACCAAAUGAUGACCACGAACGUAUGGGUGAAGCAGGAGUGGCAUGACUACAAGCUGCGCUGGGACCCAGCUGACUACGAGAACGUCACCUCCAUCCGCAUCCCCUCCGAGCUCAUCUGGCGGCCGGACAUCGUCCUCUACAACAAUGCUGAUGGGGACUUUGCAGUCACCCACCUGACCAAGGCCCACCUGUUCCAUGACGGGCGGGUGCAGUGGACGCCCCCGGCCAUCUACAAGAGCUCCUGCAGCAUCGAUGUCACCUUCUUCCCCUUCGACCAGCAGAACUGCACCAUGAAAUUUGGCUCCUGGACCUACGAUAAGGCCAAGAUCGACCUGGUGAAUAUGCACAGCCGCGUGGACCAGCUGGACUUCUGGGAGAGCGGUGAGUGGGUCAUCGUGGACGCCGUGGGCACCUACAACACCAGGAAGUACGAGUGCUGUGCUGAGAUCUACCCAGACAUCACCUACGCCUUCGUCAUCCGGCGGCUGCCACUCUUCUACACCAUCAACCUCAUCAUUCCCUGCCUGCUCAUCUCCUGCCUCACCGUGCUGGUCUUCUACCUGCCCUCCGAGUGCGGCGAGAAGAUCACGCUGUGCAUCUCCGUGCUGCUGUCGCUCACCGUCUUCCUGCUGCUCAUCACCGAGAUCAUCCCGUCCACCUCACUGGUCAUCCCGCUCAUCGGCGAGUACCUGCUGUUCACCAUGAUCUUCGUCACCCUGUCCAUCGUCAUCACGGUCUUCGUGCUCAACGUACACCACCGCUCGCCGCGCACACACACCAUGCCCGCCUGGGUACGCAGGGUCUUCCUGGACAUUGUGCCGCGCCUGCUCCUCAUGAAGCGGCCGUCCGUGGUCAAGGACAAUUGCCGGCGACUCAUUGAGUCCAUGCACAAGAUGGCCAGUGCCCCGCACUUCUGGCCUGAGCCGGAGGGGGAGCCCGCCGCCACAAGCGGCACCCAGAGCCGGCACCCGCCCUCGCCAUCCUGUGUCCCCCUGGAUGUGCCGGCUGAGUCUGGGCCUGCCUGCAAGUCGCCCUCCGACCAGCUCCCCGCUCUGCAGCCCCCGGAAGCUGAGAAAGCCAGUCCCCACCCCUCGCCUGGACCCUACCACCCACCCCACAGCACCCAGGCACCGGGGCUGGCCAAAGCCAGGUCCCUCAGCGUCCAGCACAUGUCCAGCCCUGGAGAAGCGGUGGAAGGUGGUGUCCGGUGCCGGUCUCGGAGCAUCCAGUACUGUGUUCCCCGAGACAAUGCUGCCCCCGAGGCGGACGGCCAGGCUGCCGGCGCCCUGGCCUCUCGCAAGACCCACUCAGCUGAGCUCCCGCCCCCAGACCAGCCCUCUCCGCGCAAAUGCACCUGCGGGAAGGAGCCCCCUUCCGUGUCCCCGAGCGCCACGCUCAAGGCCCGCAGCACCAAAGCACCUCCCCGGCACCUGCCCCUGUCGCCGGCCCUGACCCGGGCGGUGGAGGGUGUCCAGUACAUCGCGGACCACCUGAAGGCCGAAGACGCAGACUUCUCGGUGAAGGAGGACUGGAAGUACGUGGCCAUGGUCAUCGACCGCAUCUUCCUCUGGAUGUUCAUCAUCGUUUGCCUGCUGGGGACCGUGGGCCUCUUCCUGCCGCCCUGGCUGGCUGGCAUGAUCUAGGAAGGGACCAGGAGCCUGCGUGGCCUGCGGCUGCAGCACACGGGGUCGGCGUCCAUGCGGCCGGCCUGGGGCCGGGCUGGCUCCUCCCUGGACUCUGCAGGGCCACACGUUUGCCACAUUAUCCUUCCUGUUCUGUGUCUGCUGUAAGACGGCCUCGGACAGGGACACAGCCUCUGGGGAGACGGAGUGCGGAGCUGCUUCCAGCUGGGCUGAGGCCCCAGGAGGCAGCGGCUUGGAGCAGCGCCUUCUACCUGCGGGACUCGGGUUAGGUCCAGUGCAAGUCUCCUGAGCUCCCCUGCAGGUGGGACUCCCUCCUCCCGGUCCCUCAGCAGACCCGGCGACGGUCCCGACUGCCCCGAGGGGCCCUUGAAGGGACUUCAUGCUCCUUCUGCCCCAAGUGUCCCGUCUUCUGGAGGCCUGACCACCUCUCCCACCCACCGUGUCCUGCACCUGUGUGGGCCUCAGCUUCUCCCCCACGGUCUUCGGGCCUCGCUGGCCCCAUAAGCGUGAGCCAGCGGCGCUCCAAUCUCCUUCACUAGGAGUGGGUCCGGGCAGGGAUUGUGUUCGGCUGUGUUUUGGGUAAGUUAGAACUCAAGUCUUGUGCCCAAGGACCCUUGGAGAACAGAGCUUUGUGGAGCUGGUCCCGCGUGGGGAGAAUCGGGUGGC